AUGCGAUCCUUCAUUGUCCUUAACUUUGUGCUUUUGGCCGCCUGUUUGGCACGAUCCCAAGGACAAGAUGCUUUGAACGUUCGCGCAGAAAUUCAAGCCCGCGCCGACGCUUCCCUAACUACCCCUGCAGCAUCAACCGAUGCACCUGCAAAAUCAACCGCCGGAGCUCCUACCCCACAAACAUCACCACUUAUCAAGGAUCCCAAAUUGUGCGCUAUAAUUGUGAAGCGAAUGAAGGACUUUGAAGCCAUGAGCAAGAAUGGUGGCCCUACUCUACCAAAAGCAGGACCAGUUACACCAUCCUCUACUUCUGCAUCAGCUUCAAAGCCCGCAGCUUCGGGAGUUGCGCGCCGAUCUAAGCUCACGCAAAGAAUAGAUAUUGAAAGCUUAAACCGUCGGGAUGCACCAGCUUCUAAGGAUGCCACAACUUCAGCUCCGGCCGCUGCGGAUCCCAAUGCAUGCAAAGAAAUGGAAACAAUGCUCCAGGCCGCAAGAGACAAAAUGCUCGCAGACAUCAAAAAGGGCAUGGAGGCGUUUGCACCCAAGAAAGAUUCCACUUCCAAGACAGCCUCAACUGACGCUACUUCCAAGACAGCUUCAACUGACGCUACCCCCAAAACAGGCGCCGCUGACGCUACCCCCAAAACAGGCGCUCCUGACGCUACCCCCAAAACAGGCGCUCCUGACGCUACCCCUAAGACAGGCACCACCACCGCUGACGCGUAA